AGAGUCAGCGCAUCUCAGAACUUCUCCGACCUCGGGCAAGGUGAGUGCUACUCUCUAAUAUUCGACACCACUAUCCCAGAACGGACAUCCUGUGACACGUGUCCCCCUCUAUUCGACCAAAUUCUAUCUACUUCUGGAGGCGCAAGCGCUAUUCGGCUGUUAUCUGGGAAAAGGGAGGCGCGGCUAUAACCAUGGAUCCCAGUGUACUCGCCAACAUGGACAAGGACGCACUGAAGAAGCAGAUCGAGAACAUGAAGUACCAAGUCGAAAUGGAUCGGUGGCCCCUGUCUAAGAGCAUCGUCGCGAUGAGGGAGUACGUGGAAGAGAACGAGAAGACUGACCCACUGAUACACGCGCCCGACAAGAAGAACAAUCCCUGGGCCGAGAGAGGCAAAUGCAUAAUCAUGUAAUCAGGACGUAGAACCGCAGGGAAGAAGGAGAAGGAGAAGAGGCGAGGAAGCAUCUCUGAGCGAGUACCAUCCUAAUCGAGCAGAAGAAGAGAAGCGGGAGCCGUUUCUAAACCGCGUUUGUAACAAUAAACCAGCGAAAACGAGAAAAUAAAUAACCAAAAAGAAAAAAAAAUAAAAAAAAAAAAUAAACAAAAAAAAAUAAAAAAAAAAAAACAAAAAAAUUAAAAAAUAAAAAGAGAGAACAAAGCAGCCAGUCAACCAAAAAAGAAAAAAAACGGAAAAAAAAAAAAAGAAAAAAAUACAUACACAAAAGAACAAAAUACAUACAUAAAGGAGGGAAAAUAAAAGAGAGAGAGAGAAUAUAUAUGUAAGGGAGAAAGGGAAAGGACGAAGAGAAGAAACGCAAGCGAGUUGGAUGAAAUCCUACAAGAAGAUGGUGCCAGGAGAGCAGCAAAGUUUCAGAAGGAGGAGGCGCGAAAUUGGCGCGAAGUGAAAAAUAGUUCGAAAAGUAGCCGGAGCGAAAAUUUAUUUAACAAUCCAAUUCCUCGCGGUUACCUGUCCGCGGUAACUUUCCCGUUCGCCAUGCAAACGAACGAGCGCCGCGUUUCAGCUCGUCUCUUUCCUCGUCUCUGAUCCUCGAGUAUCGAAUCGUAUCGAGGUAUAUCGUAUAUAUAAAUCACGAUCCUCAGGAUUCGCGAUAGUAACGAGAAGAGGCGAGAAAAUUUAUACAUCGAUCGGUUAAAAACCUCGUGUUCAUUGCUCUUUGUAUUUUUCACUCGAGUAUUUUUCUAUCCAUCCAUUUCUCGUUACUUCCUUUUCGUUCUCUUCUUCUCCGACUCUUGUUUCUCUUUAACGCGAUCGAGGGAGAAAGAUUUUGAAGAAAAGAUUUCGAAGAAGUAUUGUUUUUAAUGGAUUUAGAAAAAGAAAAAGGUAAUGGUGAAAAUUCAAUCGAUUUGAGACGAGAAAUCGAAGCGAGAAAUAGCGCGAGACGAACGGAUGUUCCCGCGAACAGGGCCAUCCAUCGCUCCGGAUACAUCGAGCUUCCGUCGUCUCAGUCGUCGUUCCGAGUUCCGAGGCGAGUUUAUAAGAUAUAUAUUAUUCGGUUCUCGAUUCGAUCUCAUUCGUUCCGAUCGAAAAACACGUGUUACGAAAUUUGUAAUACGAGCAAUCUCGUGUGCAAUUUCGACAACCACAUUUAGUACCACGGGAAACUCUUUUAAAUCGUUCAUUAAUAUCGUGUAAGGAUUAUUUAUCUUAAGUACACAAUGUAAUCUAACGUCAUUAUAUGUACACACGUUAAUAUCAUAUGUCGUACGAUUAAUACGCUAUGCAUAUUUCUGCGAAUUUCUUACGAAAAUAUAAUAUAUUCACAUCGUUUAAUCAAGGAUUAUUGUAUGCUGCUUCGUCCUGUUCCUUUUAAACAUUGAUCGAUUGAUCUCUGUCGCGUGAUAUUUUUUUUUUUUUUCUUUUUUUCUCAUUUUCAUGGAGAGGAGAGUGUUUCAAGUUUUUCAAGGCAAAUUUCCUCGAUAUAUCUUAUUGUAGUGAACGAAGAAAAUAUAUACAAACGUAAGUGUUCGUUUGUUCAUUUAUCAAAGAUGUGGAAAACUCGUUGUAUUUAUGCGUAAGGAAAAGAAAAAAAAAUUUGCGAAAAUUGAUGAUGAUGAGAUUCAUCGAGAUAAAUAGAAGAAAUCAGGAAAAUGAAUCUCAUAGAGUAAUGAAAUAAGUAUUUAUUCGUAAGAAGAUAAUUCUAUUGAAGUUAUAGUUAAUAGUUAUUGAUUAUAUUGCCAAUCUAUUUUUGUUAUAAUUUUUUAAUAAAGAUUAGAUUAAACAAUCAAUGUUUAUAUUGUAUAUUUUUCUUAUUUAUAUAAUAAAAAAUAUAUACUGAUCAAAUUAGUAAAUGGAAAAACUUGGGACACGCUAUAGAAA